UCCCAUCCCACCCACCCCCCUCUACUUUUCGGCCGCAUCUCUCCUCCCCGGCAGCGCGAAGGACGUUCCUCGCACGGAUGUGACACUUGGACCGCCGCUCCCGAGCCAGCGGUCAGUCGCAACCCAGCGGUCAGCCCGACAAGAGCUCGGCCCAUCGGCACCCACGAUACACAACUGGGCAGCAGGGGGUUGGAAUCAACACCAAGUGUUUGUGCCCUGGUGCUCUCUGAGACGCGCUUCGAGGUUAACGUCGUCGUCGUAGGUGGCGGCGGACUUGUGGAGUGACUUGGUGAAAAAAAAAAAAAAUAUUAGCAGAAAGCGUCCUGUGACUUGAUCACUUGUCACGGGAAGGUGUGCUUUUCUGCAAGGUCGUUGCGCCGCGCUGUGACCCCUAACCCCCCUGGACAAACCAUCGCCCUUGAAAGCUGAACGCCUCCGAAAACGGACGUGGAGUUGACAAGGUGACGAAGCGACCCCCCAGGCCAGGCCAUGGGGCUACGGCACCUCAUAGCUGGGCCUACGCUGCUGGUCGGCGUGGCUCUCCUAUCUGCCUUUUGUUUAUCCACAGUCCUAUCAGCGCCACUCUCAUCAGAAGUCCGGUCUCCACGUGAUAGGGGUUGCUACUUCAUGCUGAAGCACUACGAAAACGGCGAGCAAAUCGAGACGAACGAGGCGUGCCUGAACUGCACGUGCGUGAGCAGUAUGCUCAUGUGCUACCUGCGCGUGUGUCCCUACGUAAAGCAGCUGGGCGACGACUGCACGGUGACAAAGCGGCCCGGCGAGUGCUGCCCGGACAUCGCCUGCCCGGCCGGUACGUCCGCCGAGCGGCCAGACACUUUGGGGGCGCAUGUGCCGGUACCUACCGCCCUCUACGAGCCGGAAACAGAAGCUCCAUCCGCCGAUGAAGGGGCAGGAUGCUACAUCGACGGCAAGCACUACUCGGAGGGAGCGCGAAUGCCCAGGGACCCCAAGAAGCCGUGCGAGGUGUGCUACUGCAUCCGCAACAGCAGCGCCUGCGUGCUACAGGACUGCGAACUCCACGUGGACGGUUGCUCGCCCGUGUUCUCCAGGCCCAGCUGCUGCCCCACGAGAUACAACUGCACUGAGGAAGCUGCCACUACUGUUCCACCUGGUCUGUUGGCAACUGAAGCUCCUCCGAUCGGCUGCAUGCACAAGGGCAAGUUCUACGAAGACGGAGCACAGGUGCCCUCUGACGAGCCGUGUCAGCAUUGCUACUGCAUGCGUCAUGAAGUGGUGUGCGCGGUGAACGAAUGCAAAGCGCCAUCGGAUGGAUGUGUGGCCAUGCCAACGGAACCAGGACACUGCUGUCCCAUGCGAUACGAAUGCCCAUCCGACAUGACAACGACGCCGGGAACGGGGGCGACGAGCCCGGCAGAAACGACGCCAUCGACGUCCGAAACUGUGGAAGGAAAGAAGGGUGUUACAGAAGCGACCCCGACUCCAGCCGGAACUACCACGGUUACGCCACCCGCGUCCUCAGCGACUUCCACCGGUGUCCCAACAGGCACCACUACCGAAGGUGCGCCAGAACUGGCCAGUGCAACUGCACCGACAGUCGCCGCAAAAGAAACCACCGAACCUGCAGUAUUCGAGACGUCGACGGGGGGCCCAAGCACUCCUGCAGAGACAACGACGAGGCCAUCAGUGACCGAGGAGACGACGCCCAAAAUUACUGCCAAAUCAGAAGCAACCACGGAGUCCGUGACUGCAAGCACCGAACUGUCAUCGACGGAAAAGCCGACCACUGCCGAAGGACCACGCGAGGACGAGGGACCGGAGACUACUGAGUCGCAGCCAGUAAGCUCUGUUACACCCACGAUGAGCACAGAGGCAGCAACUACUGAAGCUGCCAAGGAAGAAGCCACUACACAAUCUACGGCUGCCUUUACAACUGCUCCAGAAACACCAACUACUGCCGCGGCUGCAACCGUGACGCCAGAAGCCGUAGCUACGAGUACACCAUCGGCGUCACCCACGCCAGCGGAAACGGAAAGUCCGACUCCGUACGAUGCCAAAGAAAGUACGCCAAAGAUGGAAGAAACGUCAGCGACUCCCGGAGUCACAACAGCGCCAACCGCAGGAGCGACGGAGGAGGCUUCAUCGGAAACUCCAGGAGUCAGCACAGUGCCAAAAACUACCGAGGCUGCAGACGCUUCGACAACGCCCGCCACUCCGAGCACAGGUGUCGCAGAAGAAGUAACAACACCACACACCGAGGGGCCUUCGACCACAGGAGCAGCAAGUACACCAGCAGAAACCACGGAAGCGUCAAUGCCUUCCGAAAAAGCCACCGAAGAGGCAACGACUGCUGGCGCAGAUGUAACCACUAGCGCUUCAGCGCCUUCAGAAAAAGUUACCGAAGAAACAAUGACUUCAGGGGCAGAAGCCACCACUGGUGCCUCGACGUUUUCAGAAAAGGUUACUGAAGAAACAAUGACUGCAGGAGCAGAAGUCACGGCUGGUGCCUCAACGUCUUCCGAAAAGGUUACUGAAGAAACAACGACUGAAGGUGCAGAAGCCACCACAGACACCUCAACACCUUCCGAAAAGGUUACGGAAGAAACAACGACUGCAGGUGCGGAAGCUACCACAGGUGCCUCAACACCCUCAGAAAAAGUUACUGAGGAAACAACGACUGUAGGAGCAGAAGUCACCAAAGGUGCCUCGACGCCUUUAAAAGAAGUUACUGAAGGAACAACGACUGCAGGAGCAGAAGCCACCACAGGUGCCUCAACACCUUCCGUAAAGAUUACAGAAGUAACAACGACUGCAGGAUCAGAAGCCACCACUGGCGCCUCAACAUCAUCCGAAAAGGUUGCCGAAGAAGCAACGACCGCAGGAGCAGAAGUCACCACAGGUGCCUCAAUGCCUUCCGAGAAAGUAACCGAGGAGACAACGACCGCAGGAGCAGAAGCCACCACAGGUGCCUCAACACCUUCUGAAAAGGUUACCGAAGAAACAACGACUGCAGGAACAGAAGCUACCACAGGCACGUCGACAUCUUCAGAAAAGGUUACCGAGGAAUCAACGACUGCAGGAGAAGAAGCCACCGCAGGCACCUCAACACCUUCCGGAAAGGUUACCGAGGACUCAACGAGUGCAGGAGAAAAAGCCACCACAGGCACGUCAACACCUUCCGAAAAGGUUACCGAGGAACCAACGACUGCAGGAGAAGAAGCCACCACAGGCGCUUCAACGCCUUCCGAAAAGGUUACCGAAGAAACAACGACCGCAGGAGGAGAAGGCACCACAGGCGCUUCAACGCCUUCCGAAAAGGUUACCGAACAAACAACGACCCCAGGAACAGAAGCCACCACAGGUGCUUCAACGCUUUCCGAAAAGGUUACCGAAGAAACAACGACUGCAGGAGCAGAUGUCACCACCGGUGCCUCAACGUCUUCCGAGAAAGUAACCAAGGAAGCAACGACUUCUGGUGUGGACAUCACCGUAGGUCCUGUCAGCUCCACACAGGCAGCGACCACGCCAGCUCUUACUGAGGUCUCUACAGAAGAAACGACGACUGUGAGGCAAACAGACGUGACUAUGACAACGGAAGCGCCUAGCACGCCAGAGAAACCAGAAACUACCGCAGAAACUUCUGAAGCGGCCACGAAAGGAACAACUUCGGGAGAAGAGGCCAGUACAGGGCCAUCAGUACAUACCGAAUCGACCACAGAGAUAAUGACAGAAGUGACAAAAUCUAAGAUUCCCGAAGCGGAAACGACAGUCGCGGAUCUCGGAAGAGAAGAUACGCCAAAAACAACUCCAUCGCAUGAAACAAGCACUCUCAGUGUGGCUUCGACGCCAGAAACCACUGAAGUGGAGACAUAUGCAACACCAGAAACGACGACACCUCAUGAAGUCACAGAGGGUACCACGAGUGAGAGAACCACAGCUGAGUCAGUCACUUCCGGAGCUCCGGAAACAUCAGCUACUGCAGAGCACGUGACUGAAGAAGACAUGAAGCCCUCUACUGCGCCUACGACACCACCAGCAACUAGCACCGAAGCUACAGCAACUCCGUCUUUAACAACUUCAACACCUGAAGGCACAUCUACAGUGACAGAAUCUGUGACAACCGCGUCCUGUGACGCCGUACGCAGAGGUUACAACGCCGUCUGCAACAAUGGCGGAGAAACGACUGAACCUGCCACUGCUGGCGAGGAAGUCACGACGCCCGAAGUUUCAGGAAGACAAGAACCCAAGACUCCAGAAGAACCGACGACAACGCACAUCCCCGGGGAGGCUUCAUCGACGACUUCAUCUGUGACAGAAGAAGCUGUUUCUACAUCAGACACUAGCACUGCAGGAGCCGCUACAACAGUGCAUACAGAAGUGAGCGAGAGUGUCACAACCUCAUCAGCAACUACUAGCGCCGAAGUAACAACGCCAUCCCAGGUCGAGGAAACCACCGCGCAAAAGACUGUAGAGCCAUCCACAACGUCCCCUGCCACUGAAGAAGAAACGACCAGCGGGGCAACUGUGGAUUUAACAACGGAAAUUGCGUCCGGCCCUACAACAACGGAGAGUGUUUCAGGCCCAACAGCACCAGGAACUUCCAUGACAGAAGCUGUGACAGGUCCAACAGCAACGGAGGGCAUUACUUCUGAAGUGACGACUGCAUCGACAGGACCAACAUCAGAGGUGGCUACUACACGGGAACCAUCUGCAACUGAAGUGACCACCACUGAAACUCCGUAUAUCACCACGGCAACCAGAGCUCCUGAGGCUGGCCGAGACGAAGAGGCACCGUCGACAACGCCACUACCUCCGGGAUACACGCCUACACGCCCACAAGAAGAGUCUACCACUGCUACAGCAGGUGUGACGACCGAACCAGGUGCCACCACUACGCCUACCGCUACAGAGGUUGGUUCAACGACUGAGGUGUCUUCCGCCGCGCCUGAAGUCACGACGGGCAUGGUCACCACUACAGAAGCGCCAGCCACAACGGUGCCAGUGACACCGAGCGAUAUCCUCACAACUCUGGGCGCAGAGAAGCCUGAGCUGGAACCCACAGCAGGAGAACCGGAAAAAGAAGAGGGUGAAGAGCCGUCAUCGGUAACACCACCGGCAGAGACAUCAAGCACGACAGAAGGCACGACACCAGUCUCAACCAAAGAGACGCCCACACCCUCCUCGGAGCGAACGACAACGGCUGCUGAGACGUCUCCCUCAGAAGCAUCGACGACUAGGCCAGAAACAACGACCGAGGGCAAGGCGCCUCCUACGUACGCAGAGCCAACCAGCAGCCAGCCUUUGCCUAAAACAUCUGAAGUACCGGGAGAAGUCGAGCAGGCUACCACGAAGACUGUAGAACUUGUAACUACUACAGAGGCUGCGACGACGGCAGGAGCCACAACAACGCAGAAGCCCCAGCCGACUGUAAUAACCGAAGCUCCCGUUACAGGCUCUACCGGCUUUGAAACUCUAGAUCACAGGAAAGCACCGACAACUACGGAAGCACCUACUCCAGAAACGACGCCAGGAGCACCUAUGACAACAGAACAGCCAUCUAUUACACCAAGCACAGGUCUACCUACAAGCACUGAGGCACCCGCAUCAGCAACAACGCCAGCGGAGCCAGCGGUAUCGACGACGAAGGAAGACACCGUUGGCCGCGAAGAAGAACCUUCUUCCGAGGAAGAACCAGAGGCGGAACCUGGCUGUAGUUACCAAGGUCAGACCUUCAAGUUUGGUGAUGAAGUUCCACCACCGGAUGCCUGCAAAUAUUGCCGCUGCUUCGACGGUGAAGUUAUCUGUGCCGAAAAGGUUUGCCUCCCACCAGCACCAAACUGCAUUCCGGGCCCAGUACCUCAAGGAGAAUGUUGCCCCGAAAUGUACAACUGUGAUGGUGAAGAGAUGCCAGGAACGACGCAGCUUCCUACCAUCGAGCCAACCAGCAAAAAGACACCACCUCCAACAGUAGAGACCUCAGAAACCACAUCUGAAGUCAGUGCGCCGUCUUCCGAAGGCACCACGUCUCCAGCCUCUACUGAGCUCAGCACCGAACACAGUGCAACACAGCCCCCAUCCACAACGUCAGUCGGAGAGUCUACCACCGCAGAGAGCACAACCGAAGCAGAAGUAGACAGCAGAAAGAAGCUUCCUUCAUCUCAAAAGCCUGAGGAAGCGAUGACAGGCUCCACAGAAGCAGCUACAGAGGGCAGCUCAUCCGCGACAACACCGUCAGGAACUGAGGCCACUGAAGGCUCCACGGCUCCUGCCCUCUCAACUCAGCCACCAGAGGUGACAUCUGUGGAAACAGGCGCUACGAGUGAACCGUCCGUCCACAACUCCAGAAACAACAUCGAGUGGUCUUCAACAGAGGCUCCUUCAUCCGAAACGAGCCCAAGUGCGACAACUGCUGCUGGUAGCACACCUGCUGAAACGCCAGAGACAUCCACUUCAGAUGUCACUACAACGAGUGGAGCAACUAGUUCUGAAGCGACGACGUCCGCUGAAACUGGCUCGACGGGCACUGAAGCCGAAGGAAGCACCCCAGAAACCACAUCUAGUGGCCCCACACUCGAGGCUAGCACGCCUAGCGUGACUACUUCAUCUAUGACGUCUUCUGAGGCUAGUACGCCUGAAGCCAGCACUCUAGCGGCAAGCACACCCGAAGCUAGCACUCCCGAAAUCACCACCCCUGAAUCCAGUGCACCCACGGCCAGCACACCUGAGGCUAGUACCCCUGAGGCCAGUACAGUAACACCAAGUACCCCAGAAUCCAGCACGCCUGAAGCAAGCACGCCAGGAUCUAGUUCUCCAGAGGCAACAACACCUGCGGUGUCCACUACUGAUCUCAGUGCUGAAGAAGCUAGUACUCCUGCUACUGAGUCCAGAACAACUGAAGCCAGUACUGCUGAAGACACAACUCCCGCAAUGACGUCUCCUGAGGGCAGUACACCCGAAGCUAGCACGCCUGAAGUGACAACGCCAGCUGCAACUUCAGAGGCAAGUACCCAUGAAGCCAGCACUCCUGUUUCUAGUACUGAAGCUUCAACAUCUUCGGAAGGCACGACACCAGAAGAAACUACACCUAGCGCCACAAGCCCGCCCUUGACUGUAGGUACCACGCCAGAGGCUAGCACAUCUGGCGCAACUACUCCUAGCGCAACUUCGCCAGAUGUCACUACAUCAGAAGCAAGUACCCCUGAGCAAUUAACAUCUUCUCCCACAGAAAGCACUACGCCAGAAUCCAGCGCAUCAAGUACAACAUUACCAGAGACAACUACUCAGGAGUCUAGCAUUCCAACUACACCUCAGGGAGGUAGUACACUCGAAACAAGCACGGCAGGCGAAACAUCUUCGGAAGGUUCCACAGUAGAAGUGACAACGCCAGGAGCUAGCACAUCUUCUGAAGCUACAACUACGGAGGUAACACCUACGGAAGGCACAACGCCAGAAAGCAGCCCAGCAGCGACCACUUCUCCACCAAGUACUACGUCGGAGGCAACAAGUCCAGGAGAAACAACACCAGUACCAACCUCUAGCGAAGGCCCCACACCAGAAGCUAGCACUCCUGGUGUAACCAGUGCAUCAUCGACCAUCCCCGAGGUAACAACUCCAGAGGGCAGCACUUCUACAGGAGCGGCUACCCUGGCAGGAACUUCCCCGGAAGUUACCACACCUGAGAGUAGCGCACCCGCUGAAACCACACCUGGUGUAUCGACACCCGAGAGCACCACUCCUGAGCCAAGUACGCCUGAGAAUCAACGGCAGUCCCGUCCGAACAGCCUAGUUCAGUACCUUCUACACCUGAAGUGUCUACCUCUGAAGCAUCGACUACAGAAGUGGGAUCCACUAGUCCACCUAGCAGUGAAGGUGCAACAUCCGAAGUCAUCAGCUACAACUCCUGAGUCUCCAACCAGUGCCGUUACAACUCCCUCUGCUCCGACAACUGAAGCGGCAACGGAGGGAUCUAGCCCCGCAGAGAGCACGGCAAGUGAAACUGCUGCUACAAAUGAGGCGAGAACACCUGGGCUCACGGGAGCAACAACCGAGGGCCCAACUCCCGCUACGCCUGAAGCCACAACUCCAGCUGAGACGCCAGCGACGUCAGAAUCUGCGGCCACUGAAUCUUCUGCUUCCACAGAGGCUCAACCAAGUUCAUCUGAAGCGACAACACCGGCCUCAAUGGCGGCUACCGAAGUGACCACGCCAUCUGCGAUGGAGGAGACGAAAGAAUCAACAACACCAUCCGCGCCAACUACACCGGCAGAGACUUCAGAGACCGAGGGUGCUAGCACACCAUCUAGUGUACCGGCAGAAGCAAGUACGCCGGAAACAACGAAGGAGACGAUGGAGCAACAACAGAAGGCACGGAAGAGCCCAAGACUGCCUUCUACAGCGGGCACAGAAGGAACCAGUGCUACUGAGAUGCGAGAUGCUGCAACAACUGAGGGUGCAACAACGCCAUCAGAGGUGACGACAAAGACUGAAACUGAGGCCACAACGACAAGUGAGGCUACAUCUACCGGAAGCCCGACAACGCCAGGCACACCUGUUUCGGCGACGACGGGGGCCAUGGAAGAGACUAAGGAAGCCACCACUGCUCCGUCAAGCGAGGCUACCGAAGGAAAAUGUGACGUGAACGGCGUGAUAUACAAGGAGGGUGACCAGGUGCCGGACGGCAACCCCUGCCACUUCUGCAACUGUCUCGAAGGGGAGGUAAUCUGUGCCGAGAGAAUCUGCAGGCCACCCGGUCCAGAGUGCAAACCUCUGCCAAAGUCUCCCGACCAGUGCUGUCCAGAUUACGAUUGCGAAGGCGUCACGACUCCAGCAGCAGUGUCCACUGUAGAGGGACGAAAGAAACCCCCAGAGGUGACUCCGGCCAUGGCCGAAACUACACCGGCAGUGACAGCGCCUUCAACGCCACAGCCUGGCGAGUACGGGGAUGAUGUGGCGAAACCGUGCAAUGUCCAAGGAACAACAGUCGAGCAUGGUCAGGUGAUUCAGACGGCCAACCCAUGCACGUUCUGCAAGUGCACGUUCGGCGAGAUGGUGUGUGCCGAGCGCAUCUGCGAAGAGCCUCCGCGUCCAGGCUGCAAGCCGACCGGCGUCAAACCAGAGCAGUGCUGCGCCGAGGCAUUCAUCUGCCCGUCCGAAGAGGAAGAAGGCCGCGAAGAAAUGGUGACCCACAGGCCGUCGGUGUUCAAGUUUACCACAAUCAGCCCGACGAUUGCCGAUUUUACCAAGAUAUUUGGCCCCAACGUCACCACAACGCCAGUGCCAUCGACUACAGUGACACCGUUCGUCAUCGAAGUCAUGACGGAGCCUCCCGCUUCGCAGCCACCCGUCCACGAUCUCUCGACGGGUGAACCGGAAGCUACGACAACGGCGAAGACGGAGACAGGGGUGACCGAGGCAACGCGUCAGCGGAGCCGGAAGAGCCUCGCGAGGACGAAGCCACGACACCCGGCGGCUCACGUGGUGGAACCAGUAGAAGAGAAGAAGGCUACACCAGCUCCAGAGAGCACCGAGUCACCGUCGCUCUUCACAACCAUCAUGGACUUCUUCACCGGAAGCACGACAGAGGCACCGGAAGUGAACGUGACGACGCCUUCGGUGCCAUCCGCCACUGUAACGACACCGAAGCCCGUGGCCGAGACGGAGAAGCCGGCUGGAGACCGCUGCGACCGCGGGUGCUCCGGUGAAGGAGCCAACGAAAACCAAGAGCCCGGCCACUCCGGAAGUGACGACACCACCACCGGGUGUUACGGCUACUGGAGAACCGGAACUACCCCGGGAGGAAGGCACGACUCUCACGGCAAGCACGGAAGAACCCGAGUCUACGACAACGGAAGGGGCUAUCAUAUCGAGGAAGGAUCCUGCAUUUUCGACGCCAAGGUGUAUCAAUCGGCAGAGCAGAUCCCACGGCCGGACCCGUGCGAUUUCUGCUUCUGCUUCCGUGGUGACAUAAUCUGUCUGCAGCAGACGUGCCCACCGCCAAUCCCUCAGUGUUACGAGACGCCCAUCAGCGGAUUCUGCUGUCCGCGAUACGAAUGCCCUGUUCACAUGACAGUCAAAAAUGUGAGCCUUACAACGACCACUACGACAACGACGACGACAACAACGCCAGCUCCGAGGUUCAUGCAACAGAUGAUCGAGGCAACCAUGGAAGUCAAAGGCUGUGAGGUCAAUGGUAGCUUCUACCAGGUGGGCCAGGUGGUGAAGAAGGCUAGCGGGCCGUGCUUGGAGUGCAUCUGUGACGCCAGCGGCAUGAUCAAGUGCAACCCCAAGGACUGCCAGCCGCAGGCGCCGCUCUUGCUCAGGAUGAACCGGUCCUACUUCAGGACGCGGUAGGCGGUGCCACGUCCGCCAUAGCUUCCCACUCCCGCCGCCAGGGAGAGAGAGACGCCUUCCUAGUUCCGACCUUUUUCAUCUAUUAUUUUUAUUAUUAUUAUUAAUAUUAUUAUUAGUAGUAGUAUCAUCAUGGCCGUCAGUUUUCUUCGUACGCCGGUAGUCCGGUGACCGGCGAGAAGGCGAUGUUUCCAGAGUUCUUUGGCCACAACAAACAUGGGGCCCAGGCUUGUAGGGUUGAGUACAAAAACGAUACGGGCUAAAAUAAGCAAUCUUGUUUGCUUCUAACAGUAUUCUAGAGUGAUUAAAGAUAACGAGAAGUAAAAUGUUGAGGGAUAAGUUUAUCGCCGACGUUAUAUGUCAGUUAACAGGCGCACACUGUUCGCUUAAGGGCAUGGUGAACUAUUGGUUUAGAGUUCUUGAGAAAUACUCUGCGAGUCGUUGACCAGAGCGGUGGUAAAGCUUUAGCAACAACCAGUUUUUUUUCCUGGCGCUGUACACAGCACUACAGUCGACUGCAGGCCAAAUGUUCCACCCCCUGGCUCGAACCUUGAGGCCGGAGGAAUCAAAUGUAGGGCACGUGUCAGGAAUGAGACAGCUUAUAGACGAGCACCGAUGAACGGAUGUACGCGCCGCCCGAGAGGGACGCGUAUCAGGUCACAGUUUAAGGGCUUCAUGAGCAGUUAACAUCGUGGUCAAUACGAUAAGUCGCACACGUGGUCAACUACAAGCAAAUAAUGCCUAUUUUCCUAGCGUAACAGUCUAGAUGAGAGUCGCAUUCUCUCCGUUGCCCCUACUCAGCAGCGAAUACGGUGUGCGUCAAAGAACUCUGGAGACACGGCGCGCUACUCUGGUCACAUUCAGGACUACCGGCACAAGUUGUACGAGGCCGCCAAAAGAAGCAAGACUGGCUCGGCUCGGGAGUUUCCACGAUGACUGCGAGUGAAAGUGCAAGCCGGCAGCCGGCGUCCCCACCGCCGACAAUGUCGUCUCAUCUGCGCAAACAUCUGGGGCGUCGUUGCGGAAGGAUGGAAACGAAACCACGAGGAAGAAGAAUCGUGUGGGUGCUCCACACCGCCUUCACACCUCCCGUCCUCCCCGCGUCUCUCGCCACAUCCACUCCCUCACUAACGACGAGAGCGCUCCAAAAGAGCCACCGUGUCGUGUAUGCACGCCGCGCUGACUCACUUGUGAAACUGACCGUGCGCGGCGUUCUUUGCCCGUUCCCGUUGACACGGCUCUCACUACCCCUCUACGAGCCACUGUGUCGACGACCGAGCCGCUCUAGCAGCCGGCUGACCAGCCGAGACUGUGUAAGUGCGUUGGUGUCAGUGUGUGAGCGUGCGCGCGCGUGACGUCGGAAAGAAGCGGCGCUGAGGAGGACGACACGGACGACGGCAACGACCGGAGAAAAGAUGCAUGGACCUUUUCCUUAAUUACUCUUUUUUUUUCAUGGAAAGCGCAAGGUUGUGUUGUUUGCGUGAGCGCGUAUUCGUGUGUAUGUGUGUGUAGUGUGUAAAACAGCAUAUGUGACUACGCGUGGCUGUCUCUAUAUCGUGCUUCCUUCUUUCAGUUGCCAUUUCCUUCUUUUCCUGUUUCGUCAUUUCUACACCACGCUACAUUUUCAAGCUUAACCACAUUGGCGCGCGUCCCUUAACGUGUUAGAAAAAAAAAAGAGCAAACGCUUGACCUAAGAUUGCGUGAGCAAUCUUUUGUCGAUUUGUCGAUUUUGUCGAUUUGUCGAUUUUGUCGGCAAAGAGCUCGAUAGGGGUUUCGUGCGCGACUGCCUCACGUUCUCAUUCGUUGGCUAGUUUGAUCGUUGUUUCGUCUGAUUCUUUUUUUUUCUUCUUUGGGUGCUCACGUCUUUACGGUGUCUUUUCCAACGCGCAUCGGUCUGAAUGCUUGCGCCUCAGUCGUGUUACGAAGUAAAACCGUUUUUGCCCCUAUACUUCGAGCGCGCGUUUCGUCCGUCGCGUCCAGCCCUCAAAGAUGUGGCAGCUAAAGGGGUCCGCGGUUAGAUUUUUUUUCUGUACCCCACACUAACGCAAUGGACACAAAAAGACGCUAGCCUUAACCUCAAGUGCACCCCGUUCCUUUUUACACGUGGUGCGCGUCGAAGCUCAAACGUUAACAAGCGUCGUGUGGUUGAUGAGUCGAAGACUCUGCAUUUCGUGCGUCAGUGUAUAGGAAGCUGUUUCUAGUUUUUUUUUGUUUGUUUCGUGUUCUCGUAUGACGUGCACAAAACGCGAUCCGAGAAAUGACCGUGUAUUCAUACAUUCCAUGAUAUCGCCAGUGAAUGUACGAGUUUACUAUGCAAUCCAAGACCCGCUAUAGCCCGAGAAAACGGCGCGCAGUGAUAUAGUGCCAGUAGGCGCCCGCAUUUUUCUAAUAUACGUUCCAUCCUAGAAUAAAGCACACGUGUCUCGAUCUUUUCAUCGGACUCACGAGAAUGUGGCCUAUUCCCUCGGCCGCCGACAAGUGAAGGUAAAAGUGGAUUUAACCCUAACUUGCACAGUGGAAGGAUAAAAUGUUUUCGUGAAGUUUGACACGUUCUACAUGCAAUCGUGAGGUAUGUACACAGUGAAGUAUAGAAGAAGGAGGAAGUCGUUAUUCGUAGCUUCCGAAAGUUAUAGCUUAACGUAUAAACAGAGAAGACACUGUCAAACUGCACCACUCACACUUUCCUUAUGGCAUUUGCAGACAGAACCCUCACGGCUAGGGCGAGAUGUUUUGAGGAACAAUGUUCAAUGCAUAUUUUUUAUACCACUCGUGGGGCGGAGGUACGUGUGUGCGUAAUUUUGUGCCGUCUUAUCAAGUAGACUCGCGUUGAAUACGCGCUUAAUCUUGUCGACGUCUAAGCUAGCACUUCUGCUGUAAGUUUAUACGUAAACUUUUCUGAAAAUCUUUAAAGUCUUCUACCUCCGGAGCUACUUACGAGGCUUCAUCUUGACCUUGUCAAUAUUUAGACACGCCUUUCCCUUCACUGCUGAUAAGCAACAUUCCAGCAGCUCACGCCAAACGAUGGCGGCUGCUUAAGUUAUGUGAUACCCGGCGGGAAAAUCAUAUUUUUUAUAUUUACUCUUCAACGGGGGCUUGCGAAAUGCCUACACAGGAAGACUAUAAAAAUCACGGCACACAAUAGGAAAACAAGAAACUUAUAUAGGCAGUCUACACCUUUGCUCUUUCUGAUUACAUUCCAAUUGUAACAUGACUUUCACGUUGCUUCGACCUUAAGGCUUUAAUCUGGCAAGUCUCAAAACAACAAUCCCACACUCCUAAAAUUACGCAACUGAUAACGUAAAAGGUUUGAAACAACCACCUAUUUUGUAGAGGUCCAGUGCCAUUCACCAAUGCGUCUCACUGUUAGACUUCGCACGUUAAAGCCUAGACGUCAAACGAGUACAGCUAGGUGACAGCUACUUAAGACGUCAUGACACAACACUGAUAUUAUCUUUCUUUCUUCCGCCUAUUUUUUUCUUAGGGCGCUUGCAACGAGCAGCCAUUUUCGCCCUUCUAUAGGUGGUGCCAAAAUAAAUAGCCCGCCAUUACAGCAAUAUUUUUGCUAGCCAAUACGUCUUCAUUUAUACACUGGGCAAAGAGAAGAGGUGAUGUGAGUAAGAUGCACGUGAUUGGUGGUCUUCGAGAGAGAUAGAGAGAAGGAAAGAGGAGCAGCGUUUUCUUGCGACUGUUCUCACCUUAUACCCACCAAGCUCGUCGCCCGACCCCACCGCUCAGGUAGCCAAUCAAAAGCCCCACCACGUGUUAAGGUCUUCCACCGCACUUACAGCACCUCAUCUGAACACGCGUUCAAUAUCGCACGGUCUCACUGUCAUAAAGGUACCAAACAGGCAGUCGAAGGCCGUCACUCACCCCACGCUUUCGACCAGUCACUGGGACCAAGCCAACCAGUGUGACCUUAAUUCCCGUCAUCCCUCCUUAGCCCUACAGCAAGCAAUGAUACCAGGCCAAGCAGUUGCGAACUUAAGUACAUUCCUCUUUGUACACACCUGGUUAUGCCGCAUGAAAUGUAUCAGGGUGUAAUAAGCCGAACGAAACAUUGCUUCGGGUAAGCCAAGUGCCUCUCUGGAUGUGUACUCUCAGCAACAUGCGUGUCGCGGCGUUGCGCAGCUCUUCAGGGAACACGUGACGGAUCUUCGUUCUCUACUCGAGGUCACUUACGUGAGCAUUUAAACAUAUCGUAACGGGGAUGCCAACAGUAUGGUGAUAGUCUGUGGUUACCUCAUUUACCGGCUACUGCUUAAUCUACUGGGGCCCAGCUUGUCCGUUCCACGUUUACGUUAAGCAAGAUAAGCCACGGAACUAUUCACGCGCCCGAUAGCUUUUUUUUCGGCUGUGAAGUGAUUCCUCUCUAUACGUUUCCGCAUUCCUUACCCUUCCCGUUCCCAGAGUGUGUUCUUUUCUUCAACACAGGGUGGCCAUUUGUAAGUGUGUUCCAGCUUACUUCCGUGUCCUUCCUCGUAUUCUGUCUAGGCUCAGCCACAGUGUAGUCAGUCGAUUUGAGCAAACACCCGCACCGCUACGCCCUAGCAUUGCAUUCGGCAGCCAUAUAUCAGCUACCAUUACGCCUUCACCUCUGUCUCAUCAUGCCUGCGGAUGUGUUUCAGAAGGCACGCCUUCGAAAUCAGCGCGCUGUAUCCUUACACACUAUCUAUACGGGCUUUCGCGAAUGCCCAUGUUUGAUAAGCCCGCUAGAGCGUAUUAUUUUUUUGCACCAUUCUUGACUCACACUUCAUUCACUGCUGCGCAAGACGAUGGUUCCUGGGUAUGCUGUGCAUAUUCAGGGCUCAAAACCAGUGCCUCCUUCUCAGCAAACACCGCUUUACGUCAUGGGUUGCGCGACAAAAGCGAGCCCCCCCCUUUUUUUUUACAUACGCGUUCGAGUGAAUUCCGUGCAGGCACGUAUUAAUGUGUUUGUUGUAUUUUUUGUACUUGGGUGACGCGAAAGGUGGAAGCACCUGAACGCACAAAAAGAAAACACUGUACCAUAAUGUGUGCAAGCAUAGCUCUUGUCAAUUUUUCCUUUUUUUUUCUUUCACAGUGCAUUCCUUCAGUCUUGUUUUUUCGUGGUGGGCUUCAUUUUUUACUUUCUUUGAGCUGCGUCGUUCUGGAUGGUAGAACGGUGACUCAAAAACGGCUUUGACGUUUUUUUUUACAUAAGUGAAGGAGACAGGCAAUUAUUAUUUUUUUGGUGGAGUUGCGCGUAUCUGUGGUUUUAAAAUAGCAUGUCUGAGUUACCUUGAUUGCCUCCUCCUAAACUCUUUCCUAUACUACGUGAAUGUGCUCAUUUUGUUGCAAUUCAUUUUAUAUUUUUUUACAAGCGUGUAUGUGCAUACCUUCAAGGGCGCUGCUCCUGCUAAAGGCCACGAAUCUGGGAUCCCAGAACCGGAUACGGGCCCGUUUAUGCUGAAGCUCAACGCACUCCGUGGUGCCGAUCUCGUUAAAUAUGAACUGUACUCACUCCAAGCGGUUUUGUGCCAUUUGAAGCCUUUAAAGUUCGAAAUCUAGCCCGCUAGCAUAUUCGAGCAUGAUAUCGAUAAGUGGCCACUGAAUACCUGUAUUGAAAUAACCCAUCGCAUUGCAUGCCUUAAAGCAAUGUAUCCCGAAUGAAGCAGUGUACAUUCUAAAAUGCACGAAUUUAUAUUGAGCAAUGAGAAGCGUGAGCUUAGCACAAAUUAGUUCGUUUUCAACUGCACGAAACGUGGUAGACGUUUCGUUCACCAAUCAGAGUACAAUCUGGCUCAUCCGUCGAUCGGUUCAUCCAAAGCUAUUUGAAGUUCUUCCGAAGAGACUUGCGAGAAGUUGUGUUUUGUUGAAUUCGACCUUCUCAUCAGUGCUUAAGAUGGAAAGGCCUUCUUCGCUAACUUAUACAUGCGUCUAAUUCUAAAAGCAAAGGUAACUCUAUUGUUGGAUCACUGAUGUAUCGAUCGGACUGCUUCAUAGUGCGUCUCUGCUCAGCAGUUUAGGGGUUCAGGCUGUUGAAGGUAUGAUCGGUAUUAUUGCUGCCAUGUUCAAGAUCCUUUUUUUUUGCUGUACAUGAAUUGUGAUUGUGUGUUUGUGUUUACUUCCAUUAAAGAAAAACUUCUUAUCAAGAAA